ACACUCUUGUUUCCAUUAAAGUUUGCAGUUUGAAACUUUGCCUGAGAGUGAGUUUUUGUAAUAAAAAUAAAAAAAAAGGAUAUCUGUUUUUGAGAUAGAGAAAGAAACAAGAGAUGGAAGAGAAAGCAGCACCUACUGAUACUACAUCAAAUGAAGCCAUGGCAACUGUUGCUGAGAAGGCCCCCAUCACUGCCCAGAGGAAGGUCCGAUCGGACCUCGAUACUAAGCUUCCCAAGCCCUACCUCGCUCGAGCGAUGGCAGCACCAGAUGCAGAGAAUGUGAAUGGAACAUGGGGACACAAGCAUCGUAACAUGUCUGUGCUUCAACAACAUGUAGCCUUCUUUGACCAGGAUGAUGAUGGCAUUAUCUACCCUUGGGACUCUUUUAAAGGAUUCAAAGCCAUUGGUUUCAAUGUGGUGGCUUCUUUCAUCCUGAUGAUAUUUAUUCAUGGAUCUAUGAGUUAUGCCACUCUACCUACUUGGUUACCUUCACCAUUCUUUCCUAUUUACAUCCAAAACAUACAUAAGGCCAAGCAUGGAAGCGAUUCAGCGACCUAUGACACAGAGGGGAGGUACAUUCCAGCUAAUCUUGAGAACAUAUUCAGCAAAUAUGCUCGUACAGUCCCUGAUAAGCUUUCCUUCAAGGAAAUUUGGCACAUGACUGAAGCCAAUCGCGACGCAUUCGAUUUCUUCGGCUGGUAUGCAAGCAAGAUCGAAUGGGGAGCUCUAUAUAUGCUUGCAAAGGAUACAGAAGGUUUCCUAACAAAAGAAGCUGUGAGACGUUGCUUUGAUGGAAGUUUAUUUGAGUAUUGUGCUAAGGAGAAAAAGGGUGCUGCUACCAAGAAGAUGGCUUGAAUAAUUCAUCUUCUCUUCACUCAUUUUUAAAAAUAUUUGCGUCAUCAUUGAAUUGAAACUUUUAUAUAUCAUUCAUGUUUAAAUGUAAGUUUGGGAACAUUGAUUAUUCAUGGCUUAGAAGCAUAUAUACAAGCCUGUACUCAAUCAUAAGGUUUUGGUGAAUGGAGGCUCUACUUCUUGUCUACAAAGAACAAGUUUCAAAGUAUAUAAAACGCUCUUCUUUUAAGAAGGAAAAAAAAAGAAAAAAAGAGCACCAUUUCAAAGCAUAAA